AUGGCCCGAGCAGCGCGCACGCUCGUGACAGCAGCGCUCUCUGUCGGCGUCGCAGCACACGUCUACAACGAGACACUCGAUCCAUGGAACAUUAACAAGAACCAAGAUGCUACAGACAGUAUCGAUUAUACAACCCCAGCCCGAGGCAACUACACAAAGUCUCCCACAAACUGGCGUACGCUUCCUACAUAUACCCUCUUGGUCGACAAGUGGAUCGACGGUGACCCGUCCAACAAUGACUUCUUCGACCUGAUCUACGAGUGGGACUGGAGGGAGACCCAACUACGUGCAGGCGGAGACGCCAGUGGUCUCAUGGACGACCGCGGUCUCGACUACAUUCAGAGCAUGGGCUACCAGGCAAUCUACCUGGCCGGUACCAACUAUGUCAACAUGCCAUGGCAGGCCGACGGAUACUCGGCUCUCGACUUUACCCUCCUCGAACCCCACUUUGGUACCCUCGACGAGUGGAACACGCUCAUCGACAAGAUCCACGCCCGUGGCAUGUAUGUCAUCUUUGACUUGACAGUCGGAACCAUGGGUGACAUGAUUGGUUUCACAAAGUACAUGAAUGCCUCGGCUCCGUUCAACACCAACGAGUACGAGGUCGAGUGGAAGUUGCCAGUAUACACCCCGUGGGGCUUUACCGGCUACCCAGACUUCAACUUUACCAACGAGUACAACGAGUCGUGUGUCUACCCGACCUUCUACGACGAUGACGGCUCGAUUCUCGACCCGGGACUCACUGGCUGUUACGAGUCGUCGUUUGACCAGUACGGUGACAUUGAAGCGUUCGGUGUCCACCCCGACUGGCAGCGUCAGCUCGCAAAGUUCGCCUCCGUCCAGGACCGUCUUCGCGAGUGGCGUACCGAGGUUCUCGAACGUCUCAAGCUCUUUUCGUGUCUCUGUAUCCAGGCCAUGGACGUGGACGGCAUCCGUAUCGACAAGGCCACUCAGGUCACUGUCGAUGCUCUCGCCGAGUGGGCCAACGCGACUCGCGCUUGCGCUCGUGACGUCGGCAAGGACAACUUUUUCAUCCCCGGUGAAAUCACGGGUGGUGACUCGUUCGGUUCCAUCUACCUUGGCCGCGGCCGUACCGAGGGUAUGCGUACCACCUACGAGCAGGCCCUCGACCUCACCCCGGCCGACAACACAAAGUUCCUGCGCGAGGAGGGUCUGACUGCUCUCGACUCGUCCGCUUUCCACUACUCGAUCUACCGUUACAUUGUCCGUUGGCUCGGCAUGGAUGGUUCGCUCUCCGUGUCCAACGACAUUACGGGCGACUUUAUCGACAACUGGAACCAGAUGCUCGUCAACAAUGAUUUCCUCAACUCGCAAAACGGCGAGGUUGACCCGCGUCACAUGUACGGUGUUACCAACCAGGACGUGUUCCGCUGGCCCAUCAUGGCCAACGGUACCCACCGUCAGCUUGCCGGCGAGUUUAUCACCCACUUGCUACUUCCCGGCAUGCCACUUGUGUGGUAUGGUGAGGAGCAAGGUCUGUUCGUUCUCGACUCGAGUGCCGCCAACUACCUCUACGGUCGUCAGUCCAUGGUCAGCACCGGAGCCUGGAAGCGUCACGGCUGCUACCGUCUCGGUGCUACCCAGUACUACAACCUGCCAUACGACAAGUCUGUCACUGGAUGCUACGACAGCAACGUUGCCCUCGACCACUUUGACCCGACCGCGCCCAUGCGCCGUGCCCACCGCGCCUUCAACUGGGUUCGCUCGACCUUCCCUGCCAUCCAGGAUGGUUUCAUGCUGUCUCGUCUGAGCAACAACACCCGUCUCGAGUACUACCCCGGUUCCAACGGCACUGCCACUCAGAUGGGUCUGUGGUCGGCCGUCCGUGUCCCCUCGGCCAAGCAAAUCAACACUACCGGUUCAGGCUGGAACACCGACGCCGACACGUCCCAGGGUGUCAUGCUCCUUUACACCAACGAGAACUCGUCCGUCUCGUACGACAUUGACUGUACCGCCUCCAAUGCCAUUCUCGCUCAGUGGCAGGGCGACAGCGUUCUUCAAAACGUCCUGUACCCUUACGACAACAUUACCCUUGGCAACACCAACACGCCAUUCUACGGCGCGAAUGACACCACUGGCACCAAGCAGGGAUGCAUCUCGAAGAUCGACAUGGGACCGUUCGACUUCAAGGUCUUGGUCCCCCAGUCACGCUGGGUCCCGCCGCCCCCGGCUCUCUCGGGAUUCUCGCCGGGCCACGACGCACGCGUCACUCUCGACGGCGACACCAUCAACAUUUCGUUUGAGUGGGACCAGAACAUGGACUGUGACAGUGUCAUGGCAGGAAUUAGCCUCAACUUCACCGGCGACUCGUCCAAGGCGCCGAAGAUACCGUCUAACGCCACCGGAUGCCAGUCGAUCACAGGUGCAAUCGAUGACCACGUCUCUGUCACUCCUUCGGCCUGGCAGUAUGCUACCCAGAUUCAGGGCGCUGGUGAAGGUAUCUACCACAUUACCAUUGGCAACGUCACCAACGCGGGCAAGACUGCCGGCACUGGCAUUACCGACCACCUUUUGAUCCGCGUCGGCUCGUCUGGCAACGUCAUGGUCUUCCCGGACAACGACUAUGACAACUCGGUGUUUUCGGUCUCCGAUGGCACUUACACGGUCACCCACACCGCCUAUGGUGCCGAAAAGUUCCGCUACACUGCCAACUAUGGCCAGGACUGGACUGAUUGGGCCGACUACGAGGCCACCACCACUCUGAACGCUACAUUGUUCAAGAACAACUGGUGGAAGGGCGAGCACGUCAUGAUCCAGUACUGGUCUUCGCUCGUUGGUUCGGGCGCGCACAUUCUCCACGCCGACGCCGGUUACACUAGCGGCCAGCGUCGUUACCCGCAGCUUCUCCUCCGUGGUUCCUUCAACACCUGGGGUUACGACCUGGGCAUGAACGCUCACCUGGCUCUCGAGUCGGAUGGCGUGUGGAAGAUGCCUGUCAUGAGUUCUUGGCCCGCCGAGUUCCAGCUCAACGUCUACGACUUUGACGACUACUUUUACGGCGACGCUGAUGGCGACGGUGUCAUUGACCGCCUGCCGCCCAACUCGCUCACGCCCAACUUCCUCAACUUUUCGUCGCCGCCCCGCCCUUACCUCGCGUGGACGCUCCAGGUCAACGACAAGUCGGGUGCAUGGACCAUUUCGCCCAUUGGCCACGAGAUGGCUUCGAUCAUUGCGUUUGCCCUCCUGCUCACGAUUCCUCUGCUCACCGCCUUUGCCGCCGCCGGUAUCUUCCGCUACUCGUUCUACUCUAUCAAGAUCAACAAGUGGGGUCAGAAGCCGCACAAGGACUCGAGCUACUUCCCCAUCGUUGGCGGCCACCACGAGAAGAAGGAGGGCGCCGGUGUCUCAGAGAAGGCUGUUGUGCCGCACCACGAAAAGGUCAAGCCCAACGACCGCAUGAUCGGCUGGCCCGAGGACCCCAACAAGCGCCGCAAGGUGCUCAUUGCCACCCUCGAGUACGAGAUCAUCGACUGGAAGCUCAAGGUCAAGAUUGGUGGUCUCGGUGUUAUGUCGUCCCUCAUGGGCAAGGCCAUGAGCGACGUCGACCUCAUCUGGGUGAUUCCCAAGGUUGCCGACAUUGAGUACCCGCAGGCCGAGUUUGCCGAGCCCAUCGAGGUCAUCAUCUUUGGCGAGCCCUACCUCAUCGAGGUCGAGACUCACCAGCUGGACAACAUCACCUAUGUCAUUCUCGACUCGCCCGUCUUCCGCGCGCAGACCAAGUCGGACCCUUACCCGCAGCGCAUGGACGACCUGAGCUCGGCCAUUUUCUACUCGACUUGGAACCAGGCUAUUGCCGAGACGCUCCGCCGCUUCAACGACGUGGACAUUUACCACAUUAACGACUACCACGGAGCGCUCGCCCCUCUCUACCUGCUCCCCCAGAUCUUCCCCGUCUGUCUCUCCCUCCACAAUGCCGAGUUCCAGGGCUUGUGGCCUCUGCGUACAAAGGACGAGAUGAAGGAGGUCUGCGCGGCUUUCAACAUUUCCAAGGAAAUCUGCUCCAAGUAUGUCCAGUUUGGUAACACGUUCAACCUGCUCCACGCCGCCGCCUCGUUCAUCUCGCACCACCAAAAGUCGGUCGGUGUCGCCGGUGUCUCGGACAAGUACGGCAAGCGUUCGUGGGCCCGUUACCCGGCGCUCUGGACUCUGCGCAACAUUGACUCGCUCCCGAACCCGGACCCCACCGAUAUUGCGGCCCUCGACGACCACGCCAUUUCUGUCGACAAGAUCGAGGUCGACCAGGUCGCCGAGGCCAAGCGUCCUGAGCACAAGCGCCAGGCCCAAGAGUGGGCCGGCCUCAAGCAGGACCCCCAGGCCGACCUGUUCGUGUUCGUCGGUCGUUGGUCCAAGCAAAAGGGUGUCGACCUCAUCGCCGAUGUCAUGCCCAGUAUCCUUGAGAAGAAGCCCAAGAUUCAGCUCAUCUGUGUCGGUCCCGUCAUCGACCUGUAUGGUCGCUUCGCCGCCGAAAAGCUCGCCCGCCUCAUGGAAAUGUACCCCGACCGCGUCUUCUCCAAGCCCGAGUUUACCGCCCUGCCCCCUUACCUGUUCUCGGGUGCCGACUUUGCCCUUAUCCCUUCGCGUGACGAGCCCUUCGGUCUUGUCGCCGUCGAGUUUGGUCGUAAGGGUGCCCUUGGUGUCGGUUCGCGUCUUGGUGGUCUUGGUCUCAUGCCCGGUUGGUGGUUCCCUGUCGAAUCGACCAGUGCCACCCACAUGCUCUCACAGCUCACCAAGACGAUCAAGCUGGCGCUCAAGUCGACAGAGGAGGAACGUGCCAUUCUCCGUGCCCGUUCCGCCGUCCAGCGUUUCCCCGUCGUCGAGUGGCGUCAGCGUCUUGAAGACUUCCAGCGCCGCAGUAUCAACAUGUCGCGUUCGCUCGCCCACGAGCACGCCUGGGGUUACGAAGAGGCUGCCAACGGUCCUCGCAGCACGCACUUUUCGGCUGGCGGUAACGCCAACAAUGAGAGCUCGACUUCGCUGUCUCAGUGGAACCGUCCCGGUACUCCCGACUCGAUGAUGUCUGCUACCAACUCGCCCAACCCAGACCGCAUGUCUCUGCAGCCCGACCCGAACAACCCGGCCCUCAACCUGCCUCCCGGUGCCGGUCAGCCCGACCGCAACUCGCUCUCGCCUGGUGACUACCACCGUCGCUUUGACCGCAAGAACCGCGCAUCGGGCGAAUCGUUCUACGACGAGGACCCGAGCGAGCCCCGCGCGCGUCCCAAGUUCUUCUCUGGCUACGACGACGACCACUCGAGCGCCGUUUCUUCCGACCCCGAAACCCAGUCCAUGGCUCCCUCGGAGAACCCUGGCAUGGGUGGCGGCAGUGUUGCCGGUGGCUCAGACGCCCCCGGCCAGACGUACGACAACUUCCUUGCCGCUGCCAACAAGCAGUUUGCCAAGACGACCGGUAACCGCAACGCGCCCGACCCCUUCAUGGAACGCCGUAUGAGCACCAUGAGCACCGACUCGAGCGGCGGCAACUUUGCGCCUCCCCGUCCCUUCUCGACCUUCUCCCGCGUGUCGUCAUUCGACUCUAUUUCGUCCAUUGUCGACGAGAAGAAUGCGUCGCCACUCAACAAGGCCAUGGAGUCGUUUACCGACUCUGACGGUGAGGUUGCGCAAAACUUUGUGCAAAAGCUGCAAACACUGUCGUCGGGCAACUCCAAGGGCGACUUGUGUAUUGAAAAGUUCCUCAUGAAGAGCGAAAAGCAAUUCUUCGGCGAGAUGAAAAAGGAGAAGCUCACGGCCGCUAGCGCCUCGCUCCGCUCCCGCGACUCGGUCAUGCACGGCUCGUCGGUUCUCCAGGGCCACGGCUCGUCGUUCAUGCACGGCUCGUCGCGCACCACCUCGAUGAUUGACGGCUUCCGCCCCGACUCGCCUGCCGGCGGAUACUCGAUGUCUGGCCACAGCCACCCCGAGGACCACUUUAGCGACAUGUUUGGCGGUGACGGCGAGGAAAAGCCCAUGACCCGCGUCCAGGUCUGGAUGGACCAGUCGAUUGGCGGCUGGCCCAUUUACACCAUCAUCAUCUCGCUCGGCCAGCUCCUGUCGGCAACGUCGUUCCAGCUGUCGCUCCUUGGCGGCUCCAACACCCAGACCGCCACCGACAUGUACAUUAUCUGCGCCAUCUUCGUCGUCGCCACGCUCCUCUGGUACACCUUGUUCCGCAUGCGCCCCUCGGUCUACGUCCUCUCGGUCCCCUGGCUCCUCUUUGGUGUUGCGUUCCUCAUGGUCGGCUUCCCGUCGCUCCACGGUCCCUUCACUGUGGCGCGUACCUGGAUCACCAAGGUCGGCACUUGGUUCUACGCCGUCGCGUCGGCUGCUGGCUUCCUCUUCUUUGGCCUCAACUUUGGUGAAGAGGCAGGUGCCGCCGCCGAGGUCUGGAUUCUCCGUGCGUGCAUUGUCCAGGGUGCCCAGCAGAUUUGGGUCUCGGCUCUGUGGUACUGGGGUUACACGCUCGACGGCACCAACCCGACCACUUGGGUUGUUCCCCGCGCCAUCAUCUACGUCGUCUGGCCCUUGUCGGCCAUUUCGUUCCUGUUCGCCUUCCUCAUGUACGCCGGUCUGCCCGAAUACUACCACCAGAUCCCGCCCUACGUGCCCAACUUCUUCAAGACGCUCGUUCGUCGCAAGCUCGUCAUUUGGUUCCUCAUUUCCGAGAUUCUGCGCGACUACUGGCUGUCGACCGUGUACGGCCGCAACUGGCAGUUCCUCUGGAGCGACUCACAGGUCCCCACUUGGGCCGUUGUCGUCAUGAUUGCCAUCUUCUUCAUUGGCGUGUGGGGCCUGCUCAUGGGCCUGUUGAUCAAGUACGCCAAGGUGCACUCGUGGCUCUUGCCCGUGUUCGCAGUCGGUCUCGGCUGUCCUCGUUGGUGCCAGAUGUUCUGGGGCAUUUCCGGUAUCGGCAUGUAUGUCCCCUGGGGCGGUUCCGUCGGACCUUACCUUUCCACCUGCCUUUGGCUGUGGCUCGGCGUGCUCGACGCGAUCCAGGGUGUCGGCCUCGGCAUGAUCCUGCUGCAGACUCUGUCGCGUCUGCACGUCUGCGCGACGCUCGCGGGCGCCCAGCUCCUGGGUUCCAUAGUGGUCAUGAUUGCGCGCGCGACAUCGCCGGACAAGAUCGGCCCCGGCAACGUGUUCCCCAACGCGGCGUUCUGGUCCCCCUCGACUGGCGACAACAACCCCGUCAAGCACUGGGAGUUCUGGCUCUGCCUCGCGUGCCAGAUGGUUAUCCCCAUCGGCUACUUCUUCUUCUUCCGCAAGGAGCAGCUCAGCAAACCUUAG